UACUUGCGAACGUCAAGCUGUGAAGGACACUCGUAGUAAAUACUAAGAAGCAAAGACAUACCAUAGUAGAACGCUGAAGGAGUGAACUGUACGUGGAGGAUUUUGUAUUUUUCUCUGGCUGUCGUUCUGGGGGCGUGUGCUGUGUUGCUACUUCAUCGGCGGUGUUCUUAAAUGUUUAAAUUUCGUUUGUGGUUCUUCAGGAGUACAUAUGGCGGGUUUGAAAAAAGAAAGCGAACGCCAAAAAUGGAACACACUGCUUGUUAUUGAUUUUUCCUCAUCAAACCGUUAACCAAUCACGGAGGAGUUCACUCUUUUUAAAGGGUGAGGUUUCGAUGCUCGUUUGGUUAGCCAUAUUUAAAUGGACAGCCAUUAGGUUGACUGUGUACUAUGUUCCUGUGGAUUAAACAGUGUUAAGUUUGUGUUUUAUCACGGUGUCGGAAAGGCGGAUUCCUAAAUGCAGGUUGCUACACUCUUUCGGGAAACAGCUACGCUCUUGGGCGCAAGCAUGGAGGCCCAAGAUCCGCCAGGGGUUGAGACGCAAGGGUUUAAAUUUAGGCCAACAUUCCUGGAUGGACCUGUGAAACUAGAAACUCAAGAUGAUGGCUAUGAAACAAGUGGUGACCUUGAACUGAGGACACAAGUAGAAAAUCAGAAAUUCAUGAAUCAUCUUCAAGGCCCUCAUCCAGCCAACAUCAAAUGUGAGCCUACUGAAGAUCCAUAUAGUUUUGUGGAUGAUGAUCCUACACCCACUGCUCAACAUAGGCAACAAUCUGUUGUUUUACAGCCCAUCCCAAAGAAAAGAGGGCGAAAAAAGAAGAAUUGUUUGGAGGGAGGGUUAGAGAAUGCAGAAAAUUUAAUGAAUGGGGAUCCAUUGAUGAAGAAGAAAUUAAAAGAAGGAAAAUUUAUACCAAUUUUCAAGGAACGGAAAAAACAUGACCGUUUUAAUGGCAUGUCGGAGGAGGAAGUUUCGAAAAGAACAUUGCCAGAUCAUUUAGCACUUAACUUGGACAUAGUUAUUAUUGGAAUCAAUCCUGGGCUGUUUGCAGCCUAUAAGGGACAUCACUAUGCAGGACCUGGAAACCAUUUCUGGAAGUGCUUGUACCUUUCUGGAUUAACACCAGAACCAAUGACAGCUGAUGAUGAUUACAAGCUCCUUCAGGUUGGCAUAGGAUUUACAAAUAUGGUUGCAAGAGCCACCAAGGGAAGUGCAGAUUUGACUCGAAAAGAAAUAAAAGAAGGAAGCCAGAUACUGCUUGAAAAACUUCAAAAAUUCAAGCCCAAAAUUGCUGUAUUCAAUGGGAAGCUGAUAUUUGAAGUAUUUUCUGGGAAAAAAGAUUUUAGUUUCGGGAGACAGCCGGAAUUUGUUGAUGGGACGAAUACAUAUAUGUGGGUGAUGCCAUCAUCAAGUGCCAGAUGUGCACAGCUUCCUCGUGCUGCUGAUAAGGUUCCUUUUUAUGCUGCUCUCAAGAAAUUCAGAGAUUAUCUCAAUGGAAUAAUUACAGACCUUGAUGAAACAGAGGUAGUUUUCACAGACUCUAAGCUGAAGAACUACUUUGAACCGGAACUGAAAGAUGAGCCAAAGGACGAGCACAGUUUCUAUGGUUAUGGACGAAUUCCUGCCAAUGAUGAGCUGACUGAUCUGAGUAAUGCAGUCAUGAAAAAAGAAGAUCAGCCACCAGCUAAGAAGAAGAGAGGAAGGCCAAAGAAGAUUAAAUCAGAUUGUGUUGAAGUAAAAAAACCUAGUGCCGAAGCACCGAAGAAAGAGCCUAACAAUGUUUGUGAAGUGCCAAAGAAGAAAAGGGGCAGGCCAAAAAAAAUUAAGACAGAGGAUGUAAUUCCAAAUACUAAUGGCCUUAUUGACCAUACAAAUUCAUCAACAACAGUUUCUAAUAAUUGUUUCUCUCCCCCUAUUCAGUCACCAUCUAGCUAUGGACAACAGAAUUUCUCACCUUCAUAUGGAGGACACUCUCAUUCGUACUCCCAACACCCUUCACAAUCACCAUCAGAAAUUCCUAAUUAUCAUCACUCACCUGUUCCAUCACAGCAGCAUUAUACACAGUCCCCUCAGCCACCGUCACAGUCCUUCACUCACUCUGAUCUUUCAUCUGAAAUCAGUGCAGCAAUUUCGUCUGAACAUAAUCUAGGAUCUCCAUCACCAACUUCUCCAAGUCUGGCACCUCCUGAUUUUGAACCUCCGAGUAGCAUGCCAGAGGAAACAAAUGAUGGGCAGCAAAGUGCGGCUAGAACAUCAAAGGAAGAGGUAAUGGGAGAAAAUAACCAAAAUCCCACUGAGUGUCGGUUUUCAAGUCCUGCACCUCCCAAUGAUUCCAAUAAUCUAGGUUACCCAAAUUAUGGGAAUUUCCAGACAAGUCCAGAUAACCAUUCUGUUUUAGGUUAUACAGGGACAGAAUACAAUUCAAAGAGAAAUUUAAACCAGGAUGUAUCAUCCAAAAGUUUAUCAGGGCUUGAAUCUUUGGUAGAUCAAAUUCCAAGUAUUGCAGAUGGUGAGGCCCCUCAUAGUACAAUUGGAAACGGUAAUGUUGAAGAGCAGUUCAGCAAUGGCCAUAUUCCUACCACUCAGUUUAAUGACAACUCAGGGUACCUUGGAGGCUAUUCAAGUGGUCAACAGUACAGUGCAGCGAACGGUCACAAUUCUAAUAAUUAUAGUCCACAUUAUACAAGCUCUGGUUCAAACUACUCUGUCAGCACAUCAAACAGUUAUAGUUUGCAUCAUAGUAAUGGAAGCAUGAACUUUUCUGUAACAUCACUUGCAAACAGCAGUACAGCAGUGAAUCAUGAAGCAGGAGGACAAGUUUCUAGUUCAUUCUCUGUCAGCAGCUUAGCUUCCAACUAUGCACCAAUGAACUCUAAUGUUAAUACGUACCCCAAUCUAAUUGGUGCACCACACCCAAUGGCCAGUCAUGUAGUGAGUAGUGCAAAUGGAAUGUUUGGCAAUGGAAUGAGUGGUGGAAUAAUGGAACGAGCAUGUGGUAUGGGCAGUUCGAUGGGAACUCUGGGAUCACCUGUGGGACUUCACAACCCCAUGAGCAUGGGAACACAUUCUUUGCCAUAUCCAUAUGGUCAGUACUCUCAUAGUGCUCCACCGUAUGCUGGAGCAUCUGGAGGUAGCUUUCAGUAUCCUCCAGCUCACAGCUUGCAUGUGCCAAGUCCAAAUUAUCCAUACCCGUCCCCGUACUCAAACAGUACCUAUCCUCAACCGAGCUACCUCCCAAAUCACAUGCUUGAUCGAUUAAAACAGGACAGAAUGGAUAUUGGGUUUGGUAGUUUUUGAUAGUUAUGUUAAUAAUGAACAAUAAGAAGAGGACUUUUCAAGAAACAGUUGCAAUCUAACAACAGUUAUAUGUGCAUUUUGUAUGUAGUGACAAAGAAGAGAAUGAUAAAUUCAGUGAUGUGUGCAUGUAAUCCAGUGUUUGUUGUAUUCUAAAAUUUAUAUUUAACUUUAUGAAGAUCUACUAAUACAUUGCAGUAUGGAUGCAUAGCUUUUUUAAUGUGAUACUGUUAAAAAUUACUAUAACUUGUACAAAAAUAACAGGUGUGUUGUUAUUUGACUGCCUGUUUGUUUUUUGUUUUUGUUUAAUCUUAUGUUGUGUUUGAAAAUAAUCACAGGGUAUAUAAUGCCAAAACUCGUCAAUGUGCUAGAGACAUGGUUUUGUAUCUUAUGGGAGCUUCUAAAGUCUCCACUGUAAAUUUCAUGACAGGCUUCAGUACUGUGAUUUUUAAGAUCUGCCACAAGGCUUUGUUCAGAAAUAUAUGUUGAUGGAUCUCUAUGUGCAGAAUUUUUUGAGUUUUCAUGGCAGCUGGCCUAUAGUUGUAUUACUGUUUCAAUUUUUUCCUCUGUAAUUCAUGUGUGUGUGACUGAAAUGUCUGUACACAACUUUGUACAUUGAGUCUCUCUCUCUCUCUCUCUCUCUCUCUCUCUCUCUCUCUCUCUCUGUGUGUGUGUGUGUGUGUGUGUGUGUGUGUGUGUGUUUUGAAUGCACAUAUGUGUGCUUGGAGGUGUGUGAGCAUGCACAUUCAUGUGCACACAUGCAAAUAUGUCUGUCUGCCUGUCUUAUGACUGUCUGUCUUAUGUCUGUCUGUCUUCUCUCCAAAUGUUAGAUGUGAUGCAUGUAUGACUGAAUAUUUUUCUAAGAAUGAAAAUACAUGGGAGUGGUUAAACAAAAGCUUUUAGUAGAGUAGGUGAAGUUACCAGAAUUGUACAAAUACAGAAACUUGAUUGUACUGUUUUAUGUCAAUGGUAUGUAGUACAUUGAAUGGAUUACUGUUUUAAGACUGCAGCUGCAAAUCAGCAUUGACCAUGAUUUUAUUAAGUUGGAUGGAGUUCAGUCACUGAGGUCAACAGAAUAUGACAUUUUCAGUUAGAAUGUCUGGGAUUCCUGCCUGUCAUUAAUAAAAGGUUUGAAUUGUUGCUGUGACUAUUUCUGUACAAUAACCUUGUUUCAUUGUUAUGUAAUUAUUACCCUUUGUAGUUCCAUAUUGUGCUUUGGUUGUUGAGAGAAAAUUGUUGUAAAAUUUAUCCAAAAUAUAUUGUAGGUAACUGAAAAUAAUACAGAAAUCUCUUUGGGAAUCAGAAUAAGAAAACUUAUUAAUACCUACCUCUGCCUGUCCCAUGUGAUUGGAAUAGCAGUUCAUUCUACAGAUGACAAGGAUGAACUGAAUAAUUUCAAUAAACUAAUUAAAUUCUAUGAUUUGUAACCUUGUGAACAGUUUUAAGAAAAACUGUAUUGUACCUUGAAAUUAUGAAGUCUGUGGUUUCACCUGUAUCUCAACUACGUACCAUUUUAAAAUUUUAUAACUAACAUUUUAAAUGUGGAAGAAAUAGAGUGACUUUCUGUUGUUUCAAAUGCCUUUGAUCACUUCCAAUCUUGAUGGCAGAUAGUACUGAGCAAAGCAGUGAAUCAUUAACUUGUUUGCACAAUGGAUUCAGUUUCUGUUCUACAGUUCUAAAUAAAACAUAUUUAUUCUUAUGUUCAAAAUAGUUAUUUGAAGUUUGGUUUGUAUAAUAGGAGCAUUUGUCUUUAUGAGGUGUGUGUGCUUAAGUAAUAAGAAGAGAGAUCUGUCAAUGAAUAUGCUGAGACAUUAAGGACUUUUACACUUUUCAUUGAAGAAUAUAACUUACACUGUACCAGGUUUUCAUCCCCUGGAAAUUCUUAGCUCAUGAGAAUAUGUGUUGUACAAGAAUAAAAGCAAAUUGUUACUAUUAACACAAAUAAUUCUUCCUAUUUCUUUUAAUGUCUUCCUCCUGUUGUUAGUUUUUAGUAUCACUAGGUGCUAAUGUGCACUCUUUUACGAUUUUCUGAUAUUUGUUCCUAUGGCUAUAUCAGUUAUAGCUGUCACCAUAACUGGAAAGAUGUAAAGUGUUAGUAUAACAGUGUAAAUGGAAAAGUUUGUUAAACCUAAACAUAACAAUAUAGCAAUCGAUGUUGUUAUGAUAAUUGUGAGAAAAAAGUAACUUCCGAAAUAAUACAAACUUUUCAACAGAGAUGUAGUAAAUUUAUAUUCUGUUCUGUAUGUUAUAUAUGUUUAUCAGAAAGCCACCAUAUAAAUGAAGAGGAGACUUAAGAGAGGAAGGUGCCUAGCAUAUGAUACAUGUCUGAAUAUUUGUUUUCUGAAAUAUCUCACUUAUUUCUCUUGACAGUUUAUUUAUUUACCUGUAAUACUGCUUUAACAAGAGCAAGUAUGUGUAACUCUGUGUUAAGUUUGUGUGUAUAUAGAGAUUAUACUGUAGACAUACAUCUGUGAUACAUAUGUCAGAUCUAUGACACAAAUAUGUCAAGAUUUUGUUAUAUGAUAAACAGGAUCACAAAGUUAAUGUGUGCCCCAUGGGCUAUUUCUGGUCACAAAUUGAAUGGCUGUGGUUAUUAUGUCUGUAGUAGCAAUAGCUAUUUCCCAUAACUGACCACUGAAAAUUGCCCCUUCUGCCCAACAGUCCUGCUUAGCAUAAGCUGAAUGUGAGAAUGCCUCUGCUUAUUGCUGCAUUUUACUUCUUCACAUAUGUUUAGUUCUGUGAUGGGAGUUUCUGCUCCAAAUAGUGAAGGCAGUUUUGUUCACUGUAUAAUGCAGCAAUGAUAGGUAGGCCAUCUUUAUUCAUCACCAAGCUAGGAAAUCAAGGAAAAAGAUUAAUCAAAAUUAAAAAGUCAGAAACAAAUAUAUGUAUCAAAGCAAAGUGUAGGCAGGAAUUGAUGAUACAGUGUUGUAGUGAUGCUCUAACAAAUUAAACAUUCCUUUUGUUACAGAGUGGAGGUGUGUGUGGGACUGUUGUGAAAAAUGAUAUUAAAGGAUAAAUCAGUGCAGAACUGAAGCAGUGAGAGAAAUUGACCCAUGAGCCUGUAUAAUACAAAUAAUAAUGUUGAAUAUGGUUUCUUGCUUUGCACAUAACUGAGCUUGCUUUUCUUUUUUCUUUUUAAUUUCAGCUUUUAUCGUUAACCAGCUUCCCUGCACUCUGGACAAGUUGUAAUGAUACAGUUUUCUAAUGUCUCCUGCCUCCAUAACUUUUGUGAACAGUUUCAUUUAUAGGCAGCAGGCUUUAACUAUGAUCUAUAUUAAUAGUCUUGUGAAAUAAUACCAGAUUCUAACUGUUCCAUCAGUACUGAAUUCACCAGUUAUUCAGUCCAAGUUCAGUGUUUUCAAUGCUGAGGAAUGUUAUCAGCUAUUGUCUUAUUAUAACAAAAAGUCUUGGCAAUAAUGUUUAAUGAUUUGGUGAAUCAAUAUAAACCUGUAAUCUGGAAGCAGAUUUGAACCCAGUUGUAAAUGAUUACAAAACAAUUAUUUUUCACUGUAUCGCCCCAUGUGCUUCCUUGGCAAGAAAACAUUCAAGUGGAUAUGCUUGACAGUUAAUAACUGUAUCAUAUUUGCAACUUUCUUGCCAUUUCUGCAGCUAGGAAGCAGUGCCUAUUUUCUUGGCUUUUGCAUUGGCAGUUGUGAAUCUAGCAAGAAGUUUCACAAAUCUAUUACUUUCAUUCUGGUUAAAUUUUUUGAAAAGUAUUGAAUUAAACAAUAAAAGUAACAUCUUUGUACACCUUGAGUUACAAGUUUAAUAUAUCUUAUUCUCUCUUAAUCUGUACCACUAUCACAAGCUACUCCUCCUCCUCCUCCUCCUCCUUUAGGAGGAUAUUCUUGCUUUACAUCAAGGUCUAACUCUGUUUGUAAGCCACUUCUAUUCUUGUGGAGCCCACCUAAAGUAAACUUUAUUUCUGAAAUCCUAGUAUGAACAAUGGAAGAAUUCUUUGCCCUCUCUCCCCAAUUGUGAAUCAUAUAAUGUGCACAUCUGUGGAUGAAACUAAAAUAGAAUCUGAGAACAUAUGAAGCAUUUCAUAUACAGACUGGAAAACUGCUUAAAACCAACAUCCAUGUUGGUUGGCUUGCAGCCGCAGUUAUUUGCCUGUACACACUGGACCCAAUUCACUUUUGUAGGUGCCAAGUACUUACUUCAAAUGAUCAGCCUUCUGUUCCCUAAAGCAGUGGUUUUAGAAAAAAUCAUUUACUUCAGUAGUUAAUGUUUCUCUGCACUUUCAGAAAUCUGUAAACUCCAUAUGCUGUCAACAUUGUGUAGUGUAGAAUCAUGGAUCCAUUUUUCUGUGAUUUGUUGGUCAAAUGUUGUUUGUUAUAUGCCCACACAAAUAAGCAAAUUAAUAACAGACCACCUUGCACAAAUAUCUCCAUAUAGUAGCAUAUAAAUUAAUUUGAUAGAGAGAAUACAUGUGAGCUCAUCUCAUAGUUAUUGUGGGGUGUGUUACACAAUUACAAAAGAAACUUUAAUUACAAAGGUGCUUUAUUAUCCAGAGAAUUUGUUUCCUGAAGACGAAGGUGUAAAUUUGAUUGUUCUACAAAUUUUCUGUUUACUGAAUGAUUUCUAUUCUACCUGCUUGAUUUUACUGUUCAUUUUUAGUCUGAUACUUACUCUCAGUAUCCUGUGUUGUAAAUGUUUUGUUUAUUUAUAACUAUAAUUUCAAGAUUAAAUAUUAUCAAGAAAAACAAAAGUUAUGAACAAUAGGAAAACAAUUGUUUCAACCAUAUUUGUUGAAGGGAGGGCUAAAAAUGCCACAAAUGUCUUUUCUUGGUGUCAAUCAAGAACAAAGAACACAAGCUUUGCAAUUUUGCAGAAAAUAGUAAGGAAGAUAUAGGUACAUUACAGAGGGGAAUAAAUUACAGGACUCUAAGAGAUGAGAUACCAAUUCCAGAGACAGCUCUGAACUACUUUAACGAUGUGCUUCUCCCAACUUGAACUUUUAAAUCACUUAAUCUUGUGGGAUUUGUGUAACUAUAAAAGAAAGAACAUUUAGUUCAGAUGACUCUGGCUCAUAAAUAAGUAUAAGAAAAAUCAGCUCAUUCUGUACAUGUAAUUGCUUGACUUUUAAUAUGCUUCUCUGAACUCGAACCUGUAAAUUACUUCAUCUUGUGGGUUUUGUAUAACUACAAAAGAAGGAACAUUUAGUGCAUAUACCACCUGCUCUUUAAUAAUUAUCAAAAGUGUAAGAACAGCCAGCUAAUUCUCUACAUUUCAGAAAUUGCAUUUAAUUUUAACAUUUGUGUUAAUACUUGCUCUAACAGAUCAGUGCUCUCCCCUCUACUCUCAUAAAUUCCCAAAAAAUCUCACAAAAUAUGGUUGUCAGCUGUUUUCUUGAAGUGUUGAAUAAUAUAUUGUGCAGAACACCUAAGAAACUAUCAACUGUUAAUUACGUAUCAUGAGACUGAAAACUUCCAUUGUUUUAUACUCCCACAUAUUUCAGUUGUUCUUUUUUGUCUAUUUGUUUGGUAGCACUGCACAUCUGUUGUUUUUAUACAAUUUAUGUGUGUAGGAAUGUGGUACUGUUGUUGGCUGGUAAUAAACUGAAAUAAAUGUGAAGGUUAUUUGUCAAAUAUUUUUACUGUGCUCUUCAAAUGUGUAUUUAUUUCUACUUAUUUUACUUUUCUUUAUGUGCAGCUAUGUUUGACAAAUUUAUUCAGAUUUAAAUUUUCAGAGACAGAGGUCUCAAUGAUUUUUCAGUUUAUGUAAUAGUGCAGUGCCUAGCUCUUCUAAUUGAAAAUAAUUUAUUAAUUGCUUCUUAAAUGUAACUGUAUAUGUUCAGUAAAAGGAACUUAUUUUCAGCAUUAAAUAAUGAGAUGUGAGUAUAUUAUAGAUACUUAUAUGUCUGUUGUUUUAUUGUUAUAUUGCACAAGAUAUUUCGGAUGUGUAUAUAGUAUAAUAGUCUCACUCAUUGAGACCUUUUUAUUUCAAUGAUCCUGAGGAAAACAAUCUUCAUCCUCUGUAAAAAAAAAAAAAAGUUUUUAUAUCAUAUUAAUGAAAGAGCUUAUUGAAGGUCCAUAAGAAAGGAACAAAGGAAUGUGUAGUUUGACAGUAAAAUUUUAACACACAGCCCAGAAAAGUUUGAAUGAUACAUGUGACUGCAUUUUGCUUGUGUUUGUAGGUGACUGAAUACAUACUUUUGAGUUCAUGCACAGUAUUCCUUUCCAUCUAGAGAAAAAUUUGUGUUAACAUCACUGGCCAAAACUGUAGUUCAUUGAUCUUUCAUGGAACAAAUUUGAAUGUGUCUGAACUGAAUCAUUGAAUUUUCCUAGACUUGAAAACUUCAGGAAAACAACUUACUGAUGUGUUGGUGCAUAAAUUCUUCAGAGCUACUGUGAUGUAUUAUGUCCAUACCAGUCAACAUUCUGGCCUCAAAUGUGAAGAGUGUGUUGUAUAUCAUAUGCAACAACAGUGAAAUUCAAGUGCAUUAUUAUUCUUGUUCAGAGUGGUGUGUUGUAAGAGAGCUGUUUUACAGACCACAGAACUCCGCCAAAUUUCAUUAAGCUACCAGUGGUUGGCUUAAUGUACAAUAUAGCAAAACACUUGGGCUGUGCACAAACUUAACAGAACUAUGCCCCUGAUGUAAUACUGGUAUGUGAUCUUUUCACUGUCCAAUGUGUAAGGGACAGUCUAUAAUAUGCUAUGUUUUCAAAAAUAAAGAAGUAGUUUAUAUCA